GGAGGGCUGCCGUCAAGCGAGACCCGUCGCGGUAGAUGUCGUAAGUGGCAGCGCCGGGUUGCCGAUUCAUGGCAGCGGGGACGACAGUGCUGAUGGCGGCGGCGGGCCCGGUGCUGAACGGGGCGGAGGCGGGCAGCGUGGCCGGGCUCAAGGAGGCUGCCGGCAUGUACGAGCAGCUGCGGACCGAGUGGAACCGCAAGAACCUCAACCUUACCAAGUGCGGGGACCUGCUGGGCCGCCUCAAGUUAGCCCUGCUUGAGCUCAACUUCCUUCCCACCACAGGCUCAAAACUAACUAAACAGCAGCUUAUCUUGGCAAGAGACAUCCUUGAAAUUGGGGCUCAGUGGAGUAUCCUGAAGAAGGACAUCCCAUCUUUUGAGAGAUACAUGGCCCAGCUCAAGUGCUACUAUUUUGAUUACAAAGAUGAGUUACCAGAGUCAGCCUACAAACACCAGCUGUUGGGUUUGAACCUUCUCUUCCUGCUGUCCCAGAAUCGCGUUGCUGAGUUCCACACGGAGCUCGAAAGGCUCCCAGCAAAGGAUAUCCAGACCAAUGUCUACAUCAAGCACCCUGUGUCUCUAGAGCAGUACCUGAUGGAAGGCAGUUACAACAAAGUGUUCCUUGCUAAAGGCAACAUCCCAGCGGAGAGCUACGCUUUCUUCAUUGACAUCUUACUGGACACUGUCAGAGACGAAAUUGCCAGCUGUAUUGAGAAGGCUUAUGAGAAGAUUCUGUUCAAUGAAGCCACUCGUAUGCUCUUCUUCACCCCCAAGAAGAUGACUGACUAUGCCAAGAAGCGUGGCUGGGUCCUGGGCCCAAACAACCAUUACUGCUUCACGGGUCAGCAGCAGAAACCAGAAGAUGCCACCAUCCCUUCAACGGAGCUAGCCAAACAAGUUAUCGAAUAUGCUCGGCAGCUGGAGAUGAUCGUUUAGCACUUGGCUGCUGCGGGCUGGCACUGUAGGCCAUUCCUUUCCCUAUUUUCUCCAAUUCCCAUCCAGCUGGGUGAUCCCUUUACUUUUAUGGAUAGAAUGGGUGGGAGUAUGAAUGUCUAUUUCUUCUGGAAUGCCAGAGUAAAUGUAAGCUGGUCUCA